UUCUUGAUCUUUCAAAAAAAAACACUUUGGACUCGUGCACUGACUAUAGUUUAGAAUUAACUUGAUAAGAAUCUUAAAAUAUUUUCUUUCGUUUUUUUACUUUUUUAUAUCUGUUCUCCGUUUUUUUUCCAUUUUCAUGCACGUUCUUUGGGUAUUCUCCUACCUUCGACUUUAAUCUAAAGGAGACCAAAAGGUCUUGAAAGUUUCCGCGCUCGCCCAUCCUAAAAGUUAUCUUACAGUUUAUAAAGGAAUUGAGGGUUGUUGGUGUAUCUUUUAAUCCUUCGUUAAUCCACGAAUUGACGUUCCGAACCUGCAAUUCCUUACCAAGCAACGGUAAUAAUGGAAGACAAAUACGCUCAAGUCAAUUUACGAGGAACUGAUUUUUAAAGUGGGUUAAAAGAACAAGAGACAGAAAAACGGUUUCGUAAAAGAGACAAUCAAGAUUUGAAGUUUCGUCGAGAAUGGAAAUCUGAAAAAAUUCAAUCCAGUUUACGACGAUGAUGCUGGAGCUCAAUCUGACCUUAAACGCUUCUCCACCCACGAAGUUUGAGUUUGACGAAGAAAGUCGAUACGUGCCGUACGAUCAACGUCCUGAAACAUACAUAGUACCAAUAGUAUUUCUACUGAUCCUGGUAGUGGGAGUUGCUGGAAAUGGAGCUCUGGUACUUACGCUUUUACGUCAUGCUAACAUGCGCAACAUACCUAACACGUAUGUGUUAUCACUGGCGUUGGGAGAUUUACUGGUAAUCAUCACGUGUGUACCAUUCACAUCGAUCCUUUAUACCAUUGAAUCCUGGCCAUGGGGAUUGGUAGUAUGCAAGUUGUCGGAAUGCGCCAAAGACAUUUCCAUAGGCGUUUCCGUAUUCACGCUAACGGCACUAUCCGCGGAAAGAUACUGCGCCAUUGUGAAUCCCAUUCGACGACACGUAGCAGGACUCAGUGCCAAGCCAUUGACCAUCCUGACUGCAACGUUAAUCUGGGUCCUGGCGAGUAUCCUGGCGAUGCCUGCAGCACUUUUCUCCUAUGUCUUGACGAUACCUUUAACAGUAAAUCACAGUAUACUGGUUUGUAGUCCAUUUCCAAAAGAGUUUGGACCGAGCUACGAGAAGGGUAUGGUCCUCUUCAAGUUCCUGGCCUAUUACGCGAUACCACUCUGCAUAAUAGCAGGGUUCUAUCUAUGCAUGGCACGCCACCUGGAAUUAUCCACCAGGAACAUGCCCGGCGAGCUACCCGGCGCGCCGCACCAGCGCGGCCAGAUACGAGCCCGUAAAAAGGUCGGCAAGAUGGUCAUAGCAUUCGUAGUGAUCUUCAUCAUCUGUUUCCUCCCCUAUCAUACCUUCAUGCUGUGGUUCCACUUCUACCCAUCAUCCAAGGAUGCCUACGAUGACUUCUGGCAUACCUUUCGCAUUAUUGGAUUUUGCCUAAGCUUCAUAAACAGCUGUAUCAAUCCAAUUGCGUUGUAUUGCGUAAGCGGGGCAUUUAGAAAGAGGUUCAACGAGUAUCUCUGCUGCUGUGUACCUGGUGCUCGACGACGCGAAGGUGGCGAGGGUCGUUUCCCACGAACCCGUGGUGACGCAAGCACCCUCUACGAGACGAGCUUUCACUCAACCUACAGAAGGCAUACCCAAGAAUUGAAUUCGACUACCCUCUUCAAUAUGGGAAACGAAGGAAAGCCAGCUUGAGCUAGUAAGACCCGUGAAAAGACCUGUGUCCCUUUUUAGGACACGACGAAGAAACAGAAAUUCAGUCGAACCUGUAAAUCACGCGUAGGGAGAAUCGAUGGGACGUUGAGAAAAAAAAGGAAAGUUUGGAUAAGACAUAUGAGAGGAAAACAAUUAAAGGAAGUACAGGGAUCUAUACGUCACGAAAAUAAUGACGUAUAUGUAACUAGAAUCAUGUGUGAUGAUAUACGUACUUAUUUCCUCGAUGCUCAGUUAUACAUUACGUAUGUAUUUAUGUAGGUCAUAUGGACUAUAUAUUUGAUUCAUGUUACAGUACGAGAUGUCAGAGAUCCCGAUGCGUCAAAUACACGUCUAUGUAUUUUCAGCAUCCAUAAAGAUUCUGUAUCCGUAUCUACUUAUAUAUAAUGUAUAGAAAUCUUAUGACGAGAUGAAAUUCUAACAUAUCCAGCUGUCACUGGACGAGGAAUCAUCCUGCCAGUUUCUUCUGGAGGACGUUGAUGGAAGUGAAGCGGUACAUUUGGGCACAGCAUCCUGGACUCUAUCUUUAGAGUAUAUCGUUUAAGAGAUUCAAGUGAGAAAGAGGUGGCGAGAAAUAAACUGUAUUUUGACUAUUUCUUACAUUCUCGAAUAUCAAUGCAAUCCUUUCUCUCAGAUAUUAUUCAAACUCGUGUUUUAUAUUUACAAAUCGAUUCGACUGGUCCAGUCGAUGCACAGGAUUGGACCCAGUAGCAAUCAUCUUGCCUUUUCUUUAAUCUAUAAAAAUGUAUUAUAUUAUAUUAAGUAUGCGUGUGAUAUUGUCGUAUCGUACCUCGAGUAUAUUUUACUGUAUACAAAGUAACGUUGUACAUAAUCGUAUAUCUGUAUAUUAUACAAAAGAGCCGUGAACGUAUUAAAAUUUAGUCAUCUUACUUAUACGCACAUUCCGAAAGCUUCGUGCGCUAAGGGGAAAAGAUUUGCUUCGUGUCCGUAAGGGGCCGCGCCCGAUCGUGAGAUCACGCGCGAUAGUUACUGUGUAUGUCGUAUAGUGUAAUAAAUGGAAGAAUAAAGUUUAUUGUUUCGACGAUACCUAGUACCAAUGUACCAUGUGUCCCUGAGAUAAAUCCAGGGACAAAAGAAUCUUUCGAAAAUUCUUCGAAUAAUCGAAAAUAUAUAUUUACAAGGCUAGUCAAUAUCUGUCGAGUAGUUAUAAACGUUAGGGAAGAUAAAAAUUAAUUUUUCAUGUACGUAAAUGAAAAAAUAAAUUAUUGAAAUUUUAUUGCUGUUGAUCCGACGCUUUCAAGUGUAACGGAAAAUUUUUACAGUACAAAAAAGCGGGUCAGUUAACGUUAUUAUGCAUGAACAAGUAGAAAGGUUGACAAUGAAUAAAUUCAUGAGGAAAACUUGGAAACGUAUAAUGUGAACAAUGUUAAUGAUUUCAAGACAAUCUAGUCAUGAAACUUUCGGGUCCUGUACAUAACUGUCGAGGUCGAGUCUCAUCCAGAGUACAAGGCACGUCAGAUUCAAUUCGUGAAACUCGUGACAAGAUGAACAAAUAUCUCAGAAAUUAUUCAACGUGCAGGAAAAUUGUAUACCCCUACAACGCCCUACAAUUCAGGUCGCCCCAGAAUUUGAUUAUUCUGAUAACAACAGGUGUAUUAACAUUUAUUUAAAAAAAAAUAUUCUAAUUAAGAAUUACGUGUUUCGAUAUUUUCAAAAAAAAUAUGAUUCAAUAUAUCAUUAACAAUCGCUAUAAGCACGUGGAUGA